UUCUACGCUUUAGCUACUUUUUCACUCUAGUAACUCACAAUUCCUCCAAAUCAUUCCCCUCCACCCGUGAAUCAACAACAACAAGAAGCUAAGACCACUUACCCACAAACAUUAUGUACCUAUCUCUCUAUCUCUCUCUGGACUCAUACACACAAUCUGCCAAAGAAACCCAAUCACAUGCCUUUGUUUGUAGUGAACAGAAAUAGAAAACCAUGUCAAACCCUUUUAAUGAACUUGUCUCAGCAUGAAUUUGGAUUCACAGUCACGGGUUCAUGUUCCUAUACAACACAAAAUGGUUCAUCAUAUGACCCUAUAUAACCUAUACCUAUCUCUUUAAUUUGUUUGGACAUUAUAGAGCUACCUGUGUAGUGCUACCACCACUAAACCAUAUCUGCAAUCAUGAAAUACAUUCUGUUACUUUAGAAAAACUAUAUUUAUUCAUAUACAGUUCUUGCUUGUUUAGAAGCUUCUGUUUUCUUUCAGCACUCAUGUUUCCUGCCAUGGAUUCAAGGAUUCUCUUAGUUCUUCUGGUUUCUCUGCUUACUCAUUCUUUACUUUCUACGGAAGUUCAAUCAAAAUCAACAACUUCUAAAAUCAGUGUCAUGGGUAUUGUGUACUGCGAUAUGUGCUCUAAUAACACCUUUGUUAGACAUAGUUACUUCUUACCAGGUGUGAAAGUUCACUUGAACUGCAAAUUCAAAGCAACUUCACCGACAACAAGAGAAGAGAUUACCUUCUCAGUUAACAGAACUACUGAUAAACAUGGUGUUUACAGGCUGGAAAUCCCAUCUGUUGACGGAAUUAGUUGUGCUGACGGUUUAUCAAUGGAGUCAUAUUGCCAAGCAAGUUUGAUUGGGAGUUCAUCAUCUUCGUGCAGUGUUCCUGGACUGAAAACAACAACAGAUGGAAUAACAGUCAAAUCAAAACAUGCAAAUCUCUGUAUUUACAGCUUAAAUGCAUUGAAUUUCAGACCAACAACAAGAAAUAUUACCUUGUGUGGAUAUGAGAAAGAAAUAUCCACAGAUGAUCUGAACUCAUCGAAAUUCUUUUUUCCUUUCUUUCCACCAUUUCCUUUUCCGUUUCCUUUCCCACCAAUGCCUUCAUUGCCUUUUCCUCCACUAGGACCGUUACCACCUUUCCCUUCCCUCCCGUUCCCACCGUUUCCUUCUUUGCCAUUUCCAUUUCCAAAUCCACCAACACUACCUUUCCCGUUCCCACCUUUUCCUCCAGCCCCUUCCUCUGCACCUCCUGCUUUCAAUAUUAAAGACCCUAAGACUUGGAUACCUUCCCCUCCUAGAAAUUCUCAAAGCCAAAAUCCAUGAAAUCAUAAUUGAUUACAUUUUAUUCUUAGCUACUACUUUUGUGCGUGAUAGAAGUUUACGUUUUCAUGUAAUUAUUAGAUACAAUGGAGUGCAGAAACAAUAUUUAUGUGGCAGAAUCUAUAUUAUGUUUCACUAAUAUGAGAUAUGUUGUACUAGUAAUAGAUUAUGGUAUGUUACUUAGCUGCAUUGUCUUGGUUGGGAUAAUAAAAGUUGUUUCCG